AUGAGGGCUAUUGUUGAUUUGUUUACAAAGCAAGUGUUAAAAAAUUUGGCGUUCUCUCUUGUUAGAGACUGUAGUCCAGCAGGCAGAUUGACAAAGAGCUAUUUUCAUGGAGCAUGUAGAGUUCCUCUCAGUGGUGAAACCAUAGGGGAAGUACUUUUACACAAGGAAAUAGAUCCUGACAAAGUAAUAUUUGCUGCACCAGAAUUCAAUCAAAAACUGACAGUAAAAGAACUUCGCAAAGAGUCCAUACUGUUCUCCAAAUGGCUAAUUAAGAAUGGAAUUCAAAAAGGUGACAUUGUGCUGGUCAAUGGAGUGGCGGAUUUGAAGUAUUUUCCCCUCCUUUUAGGGACAGUCUCGAUUGGAUGCAUCUGUCAAACAAUAAACCCAACAGUGAUUAUUAUGGGAUUCCAGUCUGGUAAAGAGGAAUUGUUAAUUGCUGAGAACCUUAAAACCAGAGACAACGCGGACAGGGCAACUUGCCUGAAACAAAUCAGGUUUCUGGGAGAGUCUAAUAUCCAAGAUUAUUUUCAAGACGACAAUUCAGUAACAGAUGAAUCAUAUUUUGCAACAAUGAAAAGUGUAUCUCCAGAGGACCCCGCAUUCAUUAUCAGAACAACGGGUUCUACGGGUUCCAGUAAAGCUGUUUUAACGUGUCACAAAUCAGUAGUGAACUUCGGGAUUUUUUGUGUCGAUCGCCAUGAACGCAAAAAAAUGGUAACCAAUGAAAUCAACAUUGCCGUACCUAACCCUGUGACAGAUGAUAUUCAGCCUGUGCUUCACACAUUAAACGCGCUAAUAAACUGGAAAACCUCAAAGAUCGUGUUGAAUCCCUCAUGGCUUGACUUUGGAUGCGAGGAUAUGGAGCGUUUUGCCAAGUUUCUGCAAGAAGAAAAAAUAACAUGUUACCUUGGUUAUCCUUACGAAGUGAUCAAGUUGGUAAACUCGGAAUACGCUGAUCAGUAUGAUUUAUCCAAUCUAAAAUCGGUCAAUCUAGUGUCGCAAAUAGUAUCCAAAGAAAUGCGAGAGACAAUUUAUAAGCAUUUUCCAAAUUCAGCGGUUUGUUACGGGGCUAGCGAAUGUCUAGUAGGAACUUGUACGUCUCCUAUCCUGUCUUCCCCAGAGCAACGCUUGUACACUGUAGGAUAUCCAUUCCCCCAUACAGAGGUAAAAAUUAUUGGAGACAAGCAUGAAAUACUCCCAAUCAACGUACCAGGUGAAAUUUGUAUAAAGGGAUUUGGUAUAUUUUAUGGAUAUUUAAACAACAAUGAGCCAGGGACAGGUCCAUUGGACAAACAGGGAUGGUUACGAACUGGGGAUGUUGGUAAAAUGGAUGAAACAGGACAUGUGACGUACAUUGGCCGUAAAACUGACUGCUUGUUUUUCAAACAUGGUGGGGAUAAAAUUUAUCCAACACAACUGACUGACAUCAUCUCCUCCCAUCCAGAUGUGUUGGAAUCAGCGGUUCUUGGUAUUCAAAGCGAUGAAAAAGGGGAUGAUAUUUUUAUAUUUUAUGUACUAAGAGAGGGAUCCACAGCUACUCCAGGCAAUCUGAGAGAAUACAUGUUACUGAGUGUGCAUGAGACCAUGUGUGCCGACUUUUUUAUUCCUGUACAAAGUCUGCCAAGAACCGGUUCACGACAUAAGAGAUAA